GAAAUGGUUUCAGUUUCUUUGCUGUGGGUGGAUGGAAACUGAUUGAGAAUCUCCACUCAGAGAACAACAGGAUGUGGUAUGAAGCAGUCAUAAGAUCUUUAACUUGUCCCACCUCCCAUCCAACACUUAAACUGGAAUCUUAUUGUUGUCACACGUCGACCUCCAGGCUGUUUAUUGUCUCAGUCUGAAUCAGGCGUGGUUUCCUCUGCAUCUCUCUCUCAGCGGAUAAGAUGGAAGAGGAGGACAGAGCAGAGUCUGCAGGAUCCAGCUGUCUGUCUAUGAAGAGUGACUGGUCCAAAGGAGGAAUUCCUCCAGACUUCAGUCCUGAACCUGGACCCUCAGACACAAAAGUUCAGUCCAACAGACAGAGAGCAGAGUCUGCAGCAUCCAGCUGUCUGUCUAUGAAGAGUGACUGGUCCAAAGGAGGAAUUCCUCCAGACUUCAGUCCUGAACCUGGACCCUCAGACACAGGAUCCAGCUGUCUGUCUAUGAAGAGUGACUGGUCCAAAGGAGGAAUUCCUCCAGACUUCAGUCCUGAACCUGGACCCUCAGACACAGGAUCCAGCUGUCUGUCUAUGAAGAGUGACUGGUCCAAAGGAGGAAUUCCUCCAGACUUCAGUCCUGAACCUGGACCCUCAGACACAGGAUCCAGCUGUCUGUCUAUGAAGAGUGACUGGUCCAAAGGAGGAAUUCCUCCAGACUUCAGUCCUGAACCUGGACCCUCAGACACACGAUCCAGCUGUCUGUCUAUGAAGAGUGACUGGUCCAAAGGAGGAAUUCCUCCAGACUUCAGUCCUGAACCUGGACCCUCAGACACACGAUCCAGCUGUCUGUCUAUGAAGAGUGACUGGUCCAAAGGAGGAAUUCCUCCAGACUUCAGUCCUGAACCUGGACCCUCAGACACACGAUCCAGCUGUCUGUCUAUGAAGAGUGACUGGUCCAAAGGAGGAAUUCCUCCAGACUUCAGUCCUGAACCUGGACCCUCAGACACACGAUCCAGCUGUCUGUCUAUGAAGAGUGACUGGUCCAAAGGAGGAAUUCCUCCAGACUUCAGUCCUGAACCUGGACCCUCAGACACAGGAUCCAGCUGUCUGUCUAUGAAGAGUGACUGGUCCAAAGGAGGAAUUCCUCCAGACUUCAGUCCUGAACCUGGACCCUCAGACACAAAAGAGAGGAAGAGGAGUCAUGUUUCUGUGGAGGAGCAGCCGUCCUGCUGUGCUUUGUGUCAGGACGUCCUGAAGGAUCCAGUCUCUACCAGCUGUGGACACUGGUUCUGCAGACGGUGCAUCACCUCAUACUGGGACCAGUCUGCUUCAUCAGGACACUCCUCCUGUCCCCAGUGUGGAGACAGAUCCAGAACCAGAGCUGGACUGCAGACAGCCAGUCAGAACAGCUCUGUACACAUGGAUGGCAGUCUGCAGGAGGUUUUAGAUGAACAUAAGAUCAUCCUCACGCUGCUCCAUGUUUUCCAUCCAACAUUACAGAAGGUCCCAGCAGAGAAGCUCGCCGUCUGGAAACUGUUGUUCAUCUUUGACGGCCUGGAUGAAAGCAGACUUUCAUUGGAUUUCCACAACAGUGAGGUUGUGUCUGAUGUCACACAGAAGUCAUCAGUCAACCUGCUGCUGACAAACCUCAUCGAGGGGAAUCUGCUUCCCUCGGCUCUCGUCUGGAUAACUUCCAGACCUGCGGCGGCCAAUCGGAUCCCUCCUUCGUGUGUUGGCAGGGUAACAGAAGUACGAGGCUUCACUGACGCCCAGAAGGAGGAGUACUUCAGGAGGAGAGUCAGUGAUGAAGAGCUGUCCAGCAGAAUCAUCUCACACAUCAAGACCUCCAGGAGCCUCCACAUCAUGUGUCUAAUCCCAGUCUUCUGCUGGAUCACUGCUACAGUUCUGGAGCACAUGUUGACUACAGAGCAGAGAGGAGAGCUGCCCAAGACCCUGACUGACCUGUACUCACACUUCCUGCUGGUUCAGAUAAAGAGGAAGAAGCAGAAGUACGAUGAGGGACAUGAGACGAGUCCACAGGAGCUGACGGAGGCUGACAGGAAGGUUCUUCUGAAGCUGGGGAGGCUGGCGUUUAAACAGCUGGAGAAAGGAAACAUCAUGUUCUACCAAGAAGACCUGGAGCAGUGUGGUCUUGAUGUCACAGAGGCCUCGGUGUACUCAGGAGUUUGUACAGAGAUCUUCAAAAGAGAGAGUGUGAUCUUCCAGAAAACGGUCUACUGCUUUGUUCAUCUGAGCGUUCAGGAGUUUCUGGCUGCAGUCUACAUGUUCCACUGUUACACCAGCAGGAACAAAAAGGGACUGGAGGACUUCCUGUGGAAAGACUGUGAGCAUGACCCAAGCCUGGAGGACCUCCUGAGGAGUUCCAUGAAGAAAUCUCUCGAAAGUAAAAAUGGCCACCUGGACCUGUUUGUUCGCUUCCUUCAUGGCCUCUCUCUGGAGUCCCACCAGAGACUCUUAGGAGGCCUGCUGGGUCGGACAGACAACAGUCCAGAAAUCAUCCAGAGAGCCAUCAACAACCUGAAGGAGAUGAACAUGAACUGGAUCUCUCCUGACAGAAGCAUCAACAUCUUCCACUGUCUGACGGAGAUGAACGACCACUCAGUACAUCAGGAGAUCCAAGAGUUCCUGAAGUCAGAGAACAGAUCAGAGAAGGAACUCUCUGAGAUCCACUGCUCAGCUCUGGCCUACAUGCUGCAGAUGUCAGAGGAGGUUCUGGAUGAGUUGGACCUGCAGAAGUACAACACAUCAGAGGAGGGACGACGGAGACUGAUUGCAGCUGUGAGAAACUGCAGAAAGGCUCUACUUUCCUUUUGUGGACUCUCAAAAACUCAGUGUGAAGUCGUGGCUGCAGCUCUGAAGUCCAACCCCUCCCAUCUGAGAGAGCUGGACCUGAGUGACAACGACCUGCAGGAUUCAGGAGUGAAGCUGCUGUCUGCUGGACUGGAGAGUCCAAACUGUAGACUGAAGACUCUGAGAUUGGAGAGCUGCAGUUUGUCAGAGAUCAGCUGUGCUUCUCUGGCCUCAGCUCUGAAAUCCAACCCCUCCCAUCUGAGAGAGCUGGACCUGAGUGAAAACAAGCUGCAGGAUUCAGGAGUGAAGCUGCUGUGUGGUUUUCUGGAGAGCCCAGACUGUAGACUGGAGACUCUGAGAUUGUGGCGCUGCAAUUUGUCAAAGAUCAGCUGUGCUUCUCUGGCCUCAGCUCUGAAGUCCAACCCCUCCCAUCUGAGAGAGCUGGAGCUGAGUAACAACAAGCUGCAGGAUUCAGGAGUGAAGCUGCUGUGUGGUUUUCUGGAGAGUCCACACUGCAGACUGGAGACUCUGAGAUUGAGAGACUGCAGGUUGUCAGAGAUCAGCUGUGCUUCUCUGGCCUCAGCUCUGAAGUCCAACCCCUCCCAUCUGAGAGAGCUGGAGCUGAGAUACAACUACCUUCAGGAUUCAGGAGUGAAGCUGCUGUCUGAUCUGAAGGAGAGUCCACACUGCAGACUGGAGACUCUGAGGUCAGUAGAGGGUUGGACUCAUGCUGGUUUCAGCAGUAUUGUACUAAACACAGUUAGUAUCAAAGCAGAGAUCCAGUAUUUCCUGUAAACCUCCAACCUUCUCAGCGGCUGCUUUCCUCAGUGAAGCUGUGAGAGGAGAAUGGUGACAGGCUUCAGGAUUGGACAGAAAGACAGAGAGAGAGAGAGAACAGGCAGUGAUCAUGUGUUUGAGUUGAUGUGAAGACGACUGUUGUUGUUGUGUUCAUGUCUCCAGGAAAUAAAGCUGGAUUCCAGCUGA